GUAUAUAAACAAACGCAGCCGCACGUUGAAACCCUAGCUCUCUCUACCAAGCCACCUUCGUACCGGUUCUAUUCGUCCUUUUCUCUGCUAUAUUAAACCCAAACCCCAAACACUCAUCUCACCCCCUGUACUCCGCUCCAUCGCACCUCAAACUUUCCCCCAAUCAGGUUUUUGAAGUCGGAGAAUUCACAGAGCUUCCGAACGAUGUCGGACGAUGAGAGAGAGGAGAAGGAGCUGGAUCUCACAUCUCCAGAAGUCGUCACCAAAUACAAGAGCGCCGCUGAAAUUGUUAACAAGGCUUUGCAGCUGGUAAUAUCCGAAUGCAAACCGAAGGCGAAGAUUGUGGAACUUUGUGAGAAAGGAGAUUCAUACAUCAGAGAGCAAACUGGUAAUAUGUACAAAAAUGUGAAGAAGAAGAUCGAGCGAGGCGUUGCCUUCCCGACUUGCAUUUCUGUGAACAACACUGUUUGCCAUUUCUCUCCUCUUGCCAGUGAUGAGUCAGUGUUGGAAGAAGGCGAUAUUCUGAAGAUUGAUUUGGGCUGUCAUAUUGAUGGGUUCAUUGCCAUAGUCGCGCAUACUCAUGUUCUUCAAGCAGGGCCAGUCACAGGAAGGGCAGCUGAUGUUAUUGCAGCUGCUAAUACUGCUGCUGAAGUUGCAUUAAGGCUUGUUAGGCCAGGGAGGAAGAACAAAGAUGUAACAGAAGCAAUACAAAAGGUUGCAGCAGCUUAUGACUGCAAAAUUGUUGAAGGUGUUCUUAGCCAUCAGCUCAAGCAGUUUGUGAUAGACGGGAACAAGGUCAUAUUAAGUGCUUCUAAUCCAGAGACAAGAGUUGACGAGGCAGAAUUUGAGGAGAAUGAAGUUUAUGCAGUGGAUAUAGUUGCAAGCACAGGUGAAGGCAAGCCUAAGCUGCUGGAUGAGAAGCAGACUACUAUCUACAAGAGAGCUGUUGACAAGAGCUACCACUUGAAGAUGAAAGCCUCUAGGUUUAUUUUCAGCGAAAUAAGCCAGAAAUUUCCCAUCAUGCCAUUCACUGCUAGAGCUUUGGAAGAGAAAAGGGCAAGGCUGGGCUUACUCGAAUGCGUCAACCACGAACUUUUGCAGCCAUAUCCGGUCCUGCAUGAGAAGCCUGGUGAUUUUGUUGCUCAUAUCAAGUUCACCGUCUUGCUAAUGCCAAAUGGAUCGGACCGGAUCACAUCUCAUCCUGUACAGGAGCUGCAGCCCACUAAACAAGUAGAUGAUCCCGAAAUCAAAGCCUGGUUGUCUUUGGCCACAAAGAAGAAGAAAGGUGGUGGAAAGAAGAAGAAAGGUAAGAAGAGCGAUAAGCCCGAGGAGUCUACGGAAGCUGAACCGAUGGAUGCAACAGCAAAUGGUGCUGAAUCUCAAGCAUAAGCCUUUGUUUUGUGUUUCAAUUUUGGUUCUCCCCACCCACUGUAUCUGGUUGGAAGUUGGAUAUGAAUGAAUUUAAUAGUGUUCAGACGUCGAUUCUAGCCGGGUUUUCUCUAAUAUGCAAUUCCGGAACUUGCGGUUUUUUGUAUGUUAGAUUUUGUAGUCGAGUAACGUCAAAUUUAAAGUUACAUAAAAAUGUAUGGCAAUUUACGACAUUUGGGAGUUUGGUUA